AUGUCCGAAUUCGUUGACCCGUCCCGGGCGAUCCAUCACUCGCCCCUCCGAGCUCCGCCGACUAUCGCCGAUAAAGAUCAUUUGCCUCCAACUGACGCACCAACAGCCCGCCUAAUUAACCGCGCAGUGUUCUACCCCGCAGUAUUCCCGCACGCGGGCCCCAGCGGCGCGUACAGCCCCGAGGCCACCAUGGGCUACAUGAUGGACGGGCAGCAGAUGAUGCACCGGCCUCCCACCGACCCCGCCUUCCACCAGGGUGACACCACGAGGGCGCGCGCGCUGGCCGGCUCGCCGCCCGCCGCACGUGAUAAAGGAGAUAACUAUGUACAUAGAACAAAACAUUUUGUAAUAUUUGAAACAGUAUACGAUCUCCUAAAUUAA